AUGUAUAUAUGGGCGAAGUCGCGUAGGGUUUUCUUCAUGCCGGAAAAGGAAAGUUUCCAUGAGCCGAGCCUUCUUCUCCACGUCGUGUAUGGGCCGACAUUGUACCAAGGAAAGCUCCAAACAUUAGCCAGGCCUCUUCUCUAUUCGAUCAAGGCCUUUGGCGCUGCUGCUCGGGCCAUUAGACACUCCAAAUCCUCCAUGGGCUUCGUUUACUCGCUUACCGGACAUGUCUCGGUAGAAAAUAAGUUCCGGCCUAUAGUUGAUCCAAAUGGCUUCAUUCCACUUCGACGUGAUGCAUGA